UUUAUAAGAAAAAAGAAAGAAAGCAAUGAACAGCUGCACAUAAACUGAAUACAAAAAGGAAUGAAAUGAAAUGAAGAGGAGUGGGAGACUAACGUUUAAUUCAAGAUAAAGAAAGAAAGGUAAUCGCGUUUCCAAAAGCAAAAAAAGAAAGAAAGGUAAUCGCACCACGACGGCGGCGACGUGACGGUCAUUUAACGGAAAAUACCAGACAAAUCAGCCUCCAGAUCAAGUCUUGAAGGGCACAACUCUGAAAAAUCGAGACUACCUACCGCUGAGCUCCGACCAACCGUUGAUGGAGGCAAUCAGGAAGCUCAGAGAUCAGGUCGCCAAGCAACAGCAGGCUGUGUUCAAACAAUUUUCUGGUGGCAUAUAUGGGGGAUCGGAUAAUGUUGCCUCGGAUGAAAAUGAAUUUCAACAGCAUCAGAAACUCGAGAAGCUGUACAUAUCAACUCGUGCUGCCAAGCAUUACCAAAAGGAAAUUGUCCGCGGAGUGGAAGGUUACAUUGUGGCCGGUUCAAAGCACGUUGAAAUAGGUUGCAGAGCCUUUAAGGGCAAUGAUAGUGGGAGCGCCCUUGGAGGAUGCUCGACAUCUAGCUCAACAAUAUGCUACAAUGCGGCAAGAAGCUGAAGCUCAGGUAUAUGCAGUUUCUUCUGUUUCCUACCCAUUUUAUACUACAGUGAUUUUAUAUGUUACAUGGUUAUCGUACAUUUUCUCGGUUAACUUUUUUUGUUUUCUUUUAAAAGUGUUUGUUCAUUUUGAGACAAUCAUGCAUUGGUAUUCAUAGAGAACGCAAAAUCUUAAGUUGUUUAAUGUAAACUUGUUGAGAUUGCUUCAUUACU